CUUACUUACUUCCUUCCUUGCUUUUUUCCUUCCUUCCUUUCUUGCGUCUUUGCUUGCUUCCUUCCUUCCUUGAUUCAUAGUUUCCUUCCUUCUUUGCUCCCUGGCUUCCUUUCUUCCUCGUUCCCUUCCUUGCUUCCUCAGUUCCUUCCUUCCUUCCUCGCAUCGUUCCUUCCUUGUUCCCUCGCUUCCGUCCUUUCUUUCUUCCUCAGUUCCUUCCUUCCUUGCUUCCUCACUUUCUUCCCUCCUCGCUUUCUCGUUUUCUUGCUUCCUUGCUUCCUUCCUUCCUUCUUUGCUUCCUUGCGUCCUUCCUUCCUCGGAAUCUUUCCUUCCUCACUUCCUACCUUGCUUCCUCGCUUCCUUCUUUCCUCGUUUCCCUCUUUCCUUCCUUGCUUUUUUCCUUCCUCGCUCCCUUCUUUCCCCCUUCUUUGCUUCCUCGCUUCCUUCACAAAUUUCUUCCUCACUUCCUUCCUUUCUUCCUUCCUUCCUUGCUUCAUUGCUUCUUUCCUUCCCUCCUUCCUUCCUUUUUUCCUUCCUUGCUUACUUAUAUUACUCCCACCUUCACUUCUUCGAUUUACUUCCUCCAUCCCUUCUUUACUUGCUUGCUAACUCAAUUACUUACUUCGUU